AUGGGUAGUUUCUCUCCACUCGAGAUCCCUCCCCUUUCGGAUUUCCCCUUGAAGGCAGAGGACCUCGAACACCCGCCUCCGCCUUUGCCUCUUUACGAUUUUACCCGUCUUCCUGAUCCACCUAAUGACUGGUCACAUUUCAAUGUCAAGUUUGAAACCAUUUUACUGGGUCACAGUCGUUCCUUGAAGCUCCCACAGGUGCAAGUGUUGAUGAAGCAUUACUUCUGGGGAAUUCACUAUGAGAUACCUACUCACACCCCCAUGACAACAAGAAAGAAGCCAAGUCUCAAAGCUCAACAGAUGAUGCUGUUCAAGCUCAUCUACUAUAUGCAAGAACGUCAUCAACCGAAGACUUGGUUAGACAUGCUCAAUGUGAACCGAGAUACUGGGCCACGACUUUUGAGGUAUGACCUCAAUCCACGCCCAAAGCCCCUCAGUAGGUGGUACAACUCUACUCCGGAUGUGAGCACACAUAUCUUGAAUGCGUAUAUACGCCCUCAUGACGCGCCACCAGACAUGCCCGACUACCUUAUUCAACAGUACAUGUACUCAGUUGACAGCUUGCAUACACCACCUCCACCUCCACCACCUCCGGCGCCAACACUCGCCGCGCAACAAGAGGAGAUUCUUCGUGUGCAACUGCUGCAACAUAUGAAUCCCGGAGUCAAUUUUACGCCGACUUUUUCAUUGACCGAUCUGCCGGGCAAGAAAACCUCGGGCCCUGUACCAGGCCAAAAACGGGGUCCAGACGACAAAGAACCCCGUCGCAAGCGUUCGAGACAAAUCUCACCCGGUGCCCCUGCUUACCGAGGUCGCCCUCGUUCCCCAACUCCGCCGUUUCAAGAGCCCGUCUUUGCUGCUGAUGAUAUCACAACUUUCACUUGGACGCCUGGUCUGGCACCUUCCUAUACAGUGGCUCCCACUGGAAGGCACCAAUUGAGCCCUGUUGUCGCGAAACCUUCAGGUCCACUUGACGUACGAGUGAUUACAGACGCCGUGGAACGGGCAGUGAUGCAGAUCGUGUAUGCUGAUUUAGAUCGUGAUCCCACCAUUCCGUCCGUUGAAAAACCUGUCCGACACCGGACUGCCCAGUCGUACCAAGAUAUGCUUACGCUGAAACUUGGGUCGUUCCCUACCACGGCGCAUGUAAAAUUGUCACCACUGACUUUUGAUUGGGAUCCAAAUGGCGCUGUAUUUCCGGCCCGGGGCCGCGGUCCUAUCUGGGACUCAAUGUCUUGUGCAACAGAUGCCGUUAUUGUAGCGGGAAUGCUACUUGACGCUGGUUGUACCAAGAUAGAUCGUGCAAACAAUCGAGCAGCCGAGUUCAAAGAUAUCGAAAAAGCAUUCAUUGAAGUGACAAUGGCGAGCUGGGAAACCUUCGACGAUAAAACUUCCAUAUUCGUGCGUGACGAGUGGCUCCGUCUGUUUAUCGAUAGCUCCCCCGGCUUGAAAAUGGGACAACCGAUUCCUCCUUGGGCGGUUUGGUCAGUGGCUACAAGAAGCUUCGCUCAGUUCCGCUAUUUCCACGUUGAGCGAGUGACCCCUUGCCAAUGCAAGCUCGGGACUCCGUUCUACAACUCUCAUCAAGGGUCCUGCAUUUUACCUGGUUACCAACCGGGCGACGAAAAAGGAGUAGAUCUGCAAGUGUUGAUCGAGCGAUGCUUCUACCCACGGAAGUCUUUCAGGUGUGAUAAGUGUGGUGAUCCGACGGGAGUAACUGGAGAACGAAAGAUCGGUCAACUCCCGCUGCGUCUAGUGGUAACCUCCGAUCUCAAGACACGAAUCCGAAAUCACACGGAGAAUCUCAAAUUCAACUACAUAGACUAUGAAGACAAGCAACAGGUCGCACACUAUCGUUGGCUUGGCGGUAUUUAUAACAACGAAUCCCAUGCUCGCUUGUUCUGGACAGAUACGCAACGGGGCGAGAAAGAUGAUGGGAAUAUUAUGAUGUACGACAGUCAAGUCAAUUCGGGAGUCAUCAUCGGUGGAAUCCCGGCAUUUCAACGCGAAGAAAAAGUACCCACCGAAUGGGUCAGCCAUCAUGCUAUUCCGCUCCUUUUCUAUGAGCGAAUCAUGAAUCCCACCACCGACCUAUUAGCAAAGGCUAACCAUGCCAUGUUUGAGUUGAGCAAUUGCCUCAACGCGAACAAGAACAUUCUCGAAGAGCACAUUCCUUGGAAGCGAUUAAAUCCUCCCUUACAGCGGGAAUCAUGGCCUCGCAUACUUUCGCGCAAUGGUGAACGCUUCAGUAAUUUCAACCCCGGCUGGGCAACAGCAAGAUCGUCCCCCAGCUCAGCUACUGCACAGACUGCUGUGGCUCCUCUGCCACCCAUUAGUAUUGACCCAGCGCUUCUUGAUCCCUUGGUCAUUGACCCAUCGCUCCUUGAUUCAUCCCUCUACUCCGCCACCUCGCCUCCGGAAUUCGACUUGACCUCAUUCUUUGACGUGCCAGGCCUUGGUGCCCCGUCGAUCGUGGAUCAAGGAAUGACUGGUGAUUCCACCAAGGACCAUCUAUUCAAAUCGAUGAUGCAGAGUCCACGCUGGCUCGCUCUAACCCCCGACAUGUGGCCUUCAGGUCUGCCUAAUGAGGAAGGAGCUUUGGACUUCCCUGAGCUGCCUAUGUCACCCCAACUAGGCAAUCGCAGUGGUACUAGGUGGACAGAUGUCAGCAUGCCAGAUGCGGGGGAGACUGGGCCUGAGCUUCGAAGCCGAAUUUUCCGCAGUACGCACGGCAAUGGACUCAAAAGGUCUGCGAUAACAAACUAUGCUAUUUCAAAACAGGCCCUGAGUUCAAGGGAGAAACGGGCCUUGCGUGCAGAGACUCUGUAUAGAUUUAGUGCAACGCACAGAUUUAGUGAUAUAGAGGAGGAGGAAGUGGAGAGAGAAGAGGAGGUCAAUCGAAGGAAUAGAGGGAUCCAAAAGAAACAGGACCAAGAGCAAAAAAGGAGAGAGGAACGACAAAGACGAACGGAGCUCGAGAAGAAUCGGCACGAAGAGCGGGGAAAACAAAAAGAGCAUGAAAAGAAGAGAGACGAAGAAGAGCACGAUGAAAGUCAAGUACAGAAGAAAGACCCGAAAUGGACGAGAGAGGAUAAUUAUAAACAGCAACGACAAAAGGAGGCACAGAAGAAGCAGCAAGAGGCGAAACCCAAGGUAUCCAGAAGGCCGGGAUUGAGGAAUUCGAAGAACAUCGAUCCAACAUGGAAGCCGGGUGAUAGUGAUGGAGAUGAAAUAGAUCUGUCUUGA